AUGGCGGGGAUGGAGCCCCGCAAAACCCCUCCGGAGUACUUCCUGGAGAUCUUCGCCGACACCACUCAUGUGCGAGAUGUACUGAAAGGUGUCCUGAAUCUCAUCUUCUUUCACCGGUAUUUCCCCUCCAUUCGGCCGGUUACCUUUGACGUGCUCGACUUUACACUCCCCGCGAUAAACGAUGCGGACCUGGAGACGCUGAUCGAGUCGCGCGUAUCCGAUUUGGUCAGACAGCAUCUCUCUUCAGCGGCCGGUGGGCAUGAUGGUCAAAUAACUAGUGGGGGCAGGGGCGUGCGAGGACGGAUCGCGGUUGAGUUCUAUGAGAAGAAGCGACGUCGCUCCGGGCAUUGGUUUGGCGGGCUGACUGGCAAAGGCGAGGAAGAGGUUUGCUGGGAGAUCUGGACACUUGAUGUCACCAUCGCCACACCGCGUACUGAGUCUGAACGAGCCAAGGUGCGCAAAGCAAUGGGGAAUAUGCUCCAGAAAGCAGCUUUGAAGAUCUUGAGUGUCGUCAACCGCGAUAAAGACCAUAUUCCGCCCAUCACUACCAGUGAUUCAAAUCCGUUCCCAUAUCGAGUUGUUGUUAACCCUCGUGCCGAUGGUUGGGGAAAUCGCAUGGGGCUUUACUGA